ACUCACUUUCCUCAUUCAUUUGAUAGUAAGAGGUUGGUAUUGUAACAAGACGCGUUUUGCAGAUGAGGAAAUGAAAGCUCAAAUAGGUUGAGACACUGGCCCAUGAUUGCUCUGCUGGUGAGUGACAGGGAGUAUUCAAACCAGGUUCUAGGGUCUGCAGGUUCUAGGGAUUCAGCUACAUACCCACUACCAUCCCCUCCAGCUCUGAAAGCCCAUGGAUCUAAGAUGCCCAUAUUCACCAAUGCACAGGCCAACCUGAGACUUAAAACUGGAAUUAAUUUAUCAAGGCACAAACUAAUAAUCAACGGAAUACAUCUAUUGCCAAAUCAUCUCCAUGGCUGCUUCCAGAUUGUUGGUAAUAGCUAUACUGUAAGGUUCAGACCAAGGGGACCAACUUCAGAAUUUGUUAUCUAAGGUCCAGUACUGCAGUUUACUAAUCCAGGUACUGGAUUUACAGCUAUUAAAUACUUAACACUUGAGGAUAUCACAUGUGAUUAAUAUUCUUAAUUUAUUUGUACUUUUUAUUUGAGCUGGAGAUACAGUAGUGAACAAGAAAGAAAAUACCUCCUGGAGCCUGCAUUUUAACAAGCGGGACAAUUAAAUUCAAUAGUGAUUUAGCAAGUACUUCUAUACCAAGUUCUGUUUGGCACUACAGAUAAAAAGAAAAAAGAUGCUAUCCUCUCACUGCCAAGUGUGCCUGGACAACCCAACUGUUAGCGAAUAAUUCUACUUCUGUUUGGUAACUGCUCUUUAUGUUGGAAAGUUUAGUUACAUUAUUCUAUUAAAUAACCUUCCAAUUAAAAGCAGGAGCACAAUCCCACAUACGCGUCUGUCAAAGUAAGCACCCAUUUCUCAGCUGUAACUCAUUACUGGUUCCCUGCCGCAGGCACUGUGCUGCUUUUAACCUUACUUGUAAACUAUUAUCUAACUUCCCCGGUAAAGGUGCUCGCUUAUCCAGUAAGACGGACAGACGUCUAUGGUAGAUCCACGUUUCAUUUAUCCCAACUCACUGGAACUGGCUGAAGCUUCUCUAGACUUGUGCCGGACCUUGGUGCAGCCAAAGUUGCUUUCUCCGCGGCCACCUAAGCUGCCAGGUGCACAUUAACUAAGUGGCAGAAGGCCAUCGGCUUGGCAAUUGCCUGAGGCCUUUCCGGGACUCGCUGGUUUUUAGGUUCCAUGAAGGGCAUCCAGAUCUAGGAUGAUAAGAAAAGUGCGUGGUGGGAGAGUGGAAUCAACCUCUACUCUUAGGUCCAAUACGACCCCGCCAAGCACCUGUCUAACCAAUCGGAAAGAAAGUUACAUUCAACGCUGGCUCUAGCAUCCAAUCCAAGGACGUGUUUCAGACUCUGCUGCCCGGUCCCAGCCAGCCCUGAGCUGGCGCCUUAGACGCUCGCCUGGCAGCUGCGCACACUCGGAGCGCCCCGAGCGGCGCAGAUAGGGAGGUUGGGGCUGUGCCCCGCGGCGCGGCGCCUGCCACUGCGCAGGCGCCUCAGGAAGAGCUCGGCAUCGCCCCUCUUCCUCCAGGUCCCCCUUUCCCGCAACUUCCCACGAGUGCCAGGUGCCGCGAGCGCCGAGUUCCGCGCAUUGGAAAGAAGCGACCGCGGCGGCUGGAACCCUGAUUGCUGUCCUUCAACGUGUUCAUUAUGAAGUUAUUAGUAAUACUUUUGUUUUCUGGACUUAUAACUGGUUUUAGAAGUGACUCUUCCUCUAGUUUGCCACCUAAGUUACUACUAGUAUCCUUUGAUGGCUUCAGAGCUGAUUAUCUGAAGAACUAUGAAUUUCCUCAUCUCCAGAAUUUUAUCAAAGAAGGUGUUUUGGUAGAGCAUGUUAAAAAUGUUUUUAUCACAAAAACAUUUCCAAACCACUACAGUAUUGUGACAGGCUUGUAUGAAGAAAGCCAUGGCAUUGUGGCUAAUUCCAUGUAUGAUGCAGUCACAAAGAAACACUUUUCUGACUCUAAUGACAAGGAUCCUUUUUGGUGGAAUGAGGCAGUACCUAUUUGGGUGACCAAUCAGCUUCAGGAAAACAGAUCAAGUGCUGCUGCUAUGUGGCCUGGUACUGAUGUACCCAUUCACGAUACCAUCUCUUCCUAUUUUAUGAAUUACAACUCCUCAGUGUCAUUUGAGGAAAGACUAAAUAAUAUUACUAUGUGGCUAAACAAUUCGAACCCACCAGUCACCUUUGCAACACUAUAUUGGGAAGAACCAGAUGCAAGUGGCCACAAAUACGGACCUGAAGAUAAAGAAAACAUGAGCAGAGUGUUGAAAAAAAUAGAUGAUCUUAUCGGUGACUUAGUCCAAAGACUCAAGAUGUUAGGGCUAUGGGAAAAUCUUAAUGUGAUCAUUACAAGUGAUCAUGGGAUGACCCAGUGUUCUCAGGACAGACUGAUAAACCUGGAUUCCUGCAUCGAUCAUUCAUACUACACUCUUAUAGAUUUGAGCCCAGUUGCUGCAAUACUUCCCAAAAUAAAUAGAACAGAGGUUUAUAACAAACUGAAAAACUGUAGCCCUCAUAUGAAUGUUUAUCUCAAAGAAGACAUUCCUAACAGAUUUUAUUACCAACAUAAUGAUCGAAUUCAGCCCAUUAUUUUGGUUGCCGAUGAAGGCUGGACAAUUGUGCUAAAUGAAUCAUCACAAAAAUUAGGUGACCAUGGUUAUGAUAAUUCUUUGCCUAGUAUGCAUCCAUUUCUAGCUGCCCAUGGACCUGCAUUUCACAAAGGCUACAAGCAUAGCACAAUUAACAUUGUGGAUAUUUAUCCAAUGAUGUGCCACAUCCUGGGAUUAAAACCACAUCCCAAUAAUGGGACCUUUGGUCAUACUAAGUGCUUGUUAGUUGACCAGUGGUGCAUUAAUCUCCCAGAAGCCAUCGCGAUUGUUAUCGGUUCACUCUUGGUGUUAACCAUGCUAACAUGCCUCAUAAUAAUCAUGCAGAAUAGACUUUCUGUACCUCGUCCAUUUUCUCGACUUCAGCUACAAGAAGAUGAUGAUGAUCCUUUAAUUGGGUGACAUGUGCUAGGGCUUAUACAAAGUGUCUUUGAUUAAUCACAAAACUAAGAAUACAUCCAAAGAAUAGUGUUGUAACUAUGAAAAAGAAUACUUUGAAAGACAAAGAACUUAGACUAAGCAUGUUAAAAUUAUUACUUUGUUUUCCUUGUGUUUUGUUUCGGUGCAUUUGCUAAUAAGAUAACGCUGACCAUAGUAAAAUUGUUAGUAAAUCAUUAGGUAACAUCUUGUGGUAGGAAAUCAUUAGGUAACAUCAAUCCUAACUAGAAAUACUAAAAAUGGCUUUUGAGAAAAAUACUUCCUCUGCUUGUAUUUUGCAAUGAAGAUGUGAUACAUCUUUAAAUGAAAAUAUACCACAAUUUAGUAGGCAUGUUUUUCUAAUAAAUUUAUAUAUUUGUAAAGAAAACAACAGAAAUCUUUAUGCAAUUUGUGAAUUUUGUAUAUUAGGGAGGAAAAGCUUCCUAUAUUUUUAUAUUUACCUUUAAUUAGUUUGUAUCUCAAGUACCCUCUUGAGGUAGGAAAUGCUCUGUGAUGGUAAAUAAAAUUGGAGCAGACAGAAAAGAUAUAGCAAAUGAAGAAAUAUUUUAAGGAAACCUAUUUGAAAAAAAAAAACAAAGACCAUUUGAUAAAAGCCUGAGUUGUCACCAUUAUGUCUUAAGCUGUUAGUCUUAAAGAUUAUUGUUAAAAAAUUCAGAAGAAAAGAGAGACAAGUGCUCUUCUCUCUAUCUAUGCUUAAUGCCUUUAUGUAAGUUACUUAGUUGUUUGCGUGUGCCUGUGCAAGUGUGUUUGUGUGUGGUUGUGUGGACAUUAUGUGAUUUACUAUAUAAGGAGGUCAGAGAUGGACUGUGGCCAGGCUUCCACAUUCCUGAAGCACACAGAUCUCAGGAAAGGUUAUUUUUGCACUUCAUAUUUGUUUACUUUCUCCUAACUCACAAGUUAAAAUCAUAACUUAAUUUCAUUAACUUUUAUCAUUUAACUCUCUCAUGUUUGUUGUAACCUGAGGUAUCCAAAUGCUGCAGAAAAAUUUAUGACCCAAAUACAAAUCUCAAUUUGACUGGGACAGAAUGAGGAAUGGAGAUUUUUGUAUUUAUCUUUGGGACUUUACGCCUUACUUUUUAGGCUAUAGAAUAGUUAAGAAAUUUUAAACAAAAUUUAGUAUCUUUUGGUCUUUCACACCAUUCAUAUGUUAAGUGGCAGAAUAGCCUUAGUGCUACCUCCACUUUUUUCUCCAGUAUUUGCAUCACAGAAAUAAUCCCUCUGUUUAACAUGUUUGUUCAGAGCCAAGGGUUUAUUGUGAAGAACUGUCAUCCUGCCUUUGCUAGCUGGUACCUUCUAGUAAUCAAAAUUAAUAUGAAGAAACUAGGUUGUGACAGACUAGAUUAUAUUUAGUAGGGGAAAAAUUGGGCUCAAGAACCAUUCGUCAGUACGUGAGACAAGCAGUUAAUAGUAUGAUCUUUAAAGUUUUGACAAUAUAAAAUAAACUUGGUAACUGUUUUACAAAUAUAAAAGUAUAAGAAAUAUGCAGCCCAGUUAAAUAUUAUCUGUGAUGGUAAAGAACAACAGUGGUGCCAGUCAUCAAACAUACAGUGCGUCCUAUUGAGUCACUGCUAAUUUCUUGAGCCUGGUAUUUGCUGCCUAUUGUAUUUGUGGUUGUUGAGAGGCAUUUUCAAACCCUGUAUAAAUAAUCCAUGCUGUUGGUCAUAAGUUAACUGUAUUAAGAACAGUAAAAUAAAUAAAAACCAAUAGUACUAAUUUUGCUUUAAAAAAAUUUCUAAUUUUUUCACAUAAAACAAUUAUCCUAAAGGUUAAUAGUUGAUCGAAACAGAACAAUAGAAAAAUUCUACUUUAAUUUCCAUUAAAAAACAAAUAGCAUUGACACAUUUAAAGCUUUUCAUUUAAAGUAGUGGAUGUUUUUGAAGUAUCUAAAAUAGUAGCAGAAUAUUUUAUACUUGGUCCUUGCAAUGGUGUGAGUUUUAAUGAUUGCAUUAGCGUGAUUGGUGGUUAUGAGUUUCAGAAAUCUAUACUUGGCAUCCAACUCAUGAGUGGAUUUUAUAUAGGAUGUAAUAGGAAGGUAUGUCCUGUCACUAUCUUAACCCUUUCAACAAGACAUUUACCUAUUUGUCUUUCCUUACAUUCUCAAAAUAUUAACUCGAAUUGUAAAUUAAGCAAAAAUUUAAAAAGUAUAUGUCGAUGGGACAAGAAGAAUAGUAUUUAUUUAAUAAAACAUAUAUUAUAUUGAACUAUGUUUUAAUUCAUUUGUAUCUUUUAAAAAAUUAUCACUGUUAAAGCCAUUGACUCCUUUAGUACACUGAGAAAAAUCUUAUAGUAAAACUAGUCUUUCACAUUAAGGUUUUGGUGUGUAUUUUGUUAAAUAACUAACAUGCUGCUCUAUUUUCUGGGUGUAGAAAGUAUUUGGCUCUAGGAAACAUUUACUUGUUUGUGAAAACAAUACCCCAAGGUAAUAGGAAAAGUUUGAGUUAAGUGUUUUUAAUUCAGUCAGUGAAUUCAGAAUAAGUACAUUCAUGUAUAACAUAGGGACAGUUCUGCUGCUGUUAUUUAUAUGCAAUUCUUCUGGUAAAUAGCAAUAGAAUAAAACAUAUUUCAAUGUUUGUGUAUAGGUUUUGUAUUAUUAUUCCACUAGGUAUGGCAUAAGAAUUUAUAGAUAAAUUCUUGUAACAUUAAAGGAUUAAAAUGUUUUUACAUUGUUUUGGGGUGUCUCCUUCUUGUGCCCAUAUCUGAUAAGCUUUAUGGAUUAUUGCAUUUAAUUCCUUUUAUUUGGAGGGUUUUACUUCCUUGUUAACACAUAAAGUUAUAAAUGAAGGACAAGGAGGAGAUGGAAAAUGUGUAUUUAUUGUUAAUUCUUAAAAUAGUGUGUAAAUAAAAUAACAUCAGUGUGCUUUAAAGAAA